CACUCACAGGCGAAACAACACGAUCCAUGGCAAACGAGCCAGCUUAAUAAUAGACAACGCAAACGCCACCUUCUCCCGUCUUCCACCUCAAUAUCAUUUCCACUUCGUGGCUGUUCAACCCUUUGGACCAUCAUUUGCCGCCAUGUCUGAUGCGCAGAGCGACGCGGAUAAGAUCCGCAUGCGACGACUUGCAAAACUAGGAGGCGGGACAUCAACUUCAAAUGCUCAGGCAUCGGCUGCGGCAUCUCCAAUACCUGAACCCUCAACCAGUACAUCGUCGGCACUUUCGCCCACCGAUUCCCAAGCUCAGCCUUCUAAGAUGGAUGAAGCUGAGAUACCCAAACCUACGGUAUCACAGGAAGCAACGCAGAAUCCCUUCACACAACUAGGUCUUAAGCCAGAGACACAGGGUAGUGGCUCGGGUAUACGGAUACACACAUCAGCGGCUCGCCCGUCGACACCGGAUGUGGGCACACGAACAAGACAGACAGGCCAAAUUACCAUUGAACAAUGGACUGAUCGAAUCCUGAGCAGCGUCUUUCGUGUCACUUUGAAUGCCGAGCAGACGAAGGACCGCGAAGGACAUACGCUCAAAUUCCUUGAAGAGACGAAACGGGAUCUUGAAGAGGAAGGCAAGCCGCUUCUGUUGGGCAUCGAUCAGCUUGACUCGGCGCUUUUGGAGGCUGGUAGGUCUCCACCGGAAGGAAAGUCGCCGUCAUGCUAUUUUCUCGCUUGUUGGAAGCGCCUCCAAAAAGUGAUUAGGCAAUCAAGGACUGCAGAUGCGACGCGACAGCAAAUUCUUCAAACGGCGAAGUUCACAUGCUUUAGCAACUGCAUAUGGGCAGCAACAGAUCCCGCUAUGUAUGAAAAACCGGAUCACGAGCGAAGCCCCCUGGCGGAUGCCAUGCUUGCAGACCCGGAUUGUGACGCUGGUAUCGAUCACGAUUUCUAUCAUGAGACCAUUUCUAGAUUGGAUGACGACGAUGACUCAGCAGCUCAAGCACUCAUCAGCGCAAUUGAACAGCUUAGCAAAGACCUCGCCACAAUGUCCAUGAACGAUCACUUCAAGCCUCAUGUCUCUGCCCUUAGAGUAUUUUCUCGCUAUCCAAAACUUGUCGACUUACUCACACAGUCGCCAUCAUUCCUUCCGAGAGAUUUGCCACCUGAAAAGAUUGAGACUGACACGUUACUUGGCCCGUAUUUUGGCUUGUCUCCGCUACAGGGAGAGGUGGCUGUCAACUAUUUCAUGGGCGCGCAAGCGGGUAAUGAGUCGUAUAUUCGCACAUCCCAGAAUGCUCUCCAAUUGACGUUACGCGCUCAUCAAGAAGAGCUGUUUGAUAUCACCAACUGUAUCAUCAAGUCAUCAAAAGCACCACGUGAGAGGCUGCUUGACUGGUUUGCGAUGAUCGUAAACAAGAAUCACAAGCGUCGAGCUAUUCAUGUUGACGAAAAUACGGUUUCUAGCGAUGGCUUUAUGAUCAAUGUUACCGCAAUCCUGGAUCGGUUGUGCGAGCCAUUUAUGGACACUACGUACGCUAAGGUUGAUAGGAUAGAUGCCAACUACUUUCGGCGCUCGCCACGGGUCGCCAUUGACGAUGAGACGAAAAUUAACGCAGACCAAAAAACUUCAAGCGCAUUCUGGGCAGACCCUGCCGUUGGCGAGAAUAAUUUUAUCUCGGAGAUCUUCUUCCUAACCGUUGCAGCCCAUCAUUAUGGAACCGAGGCGGCUAACACAAAGCUUAGCCAGCUCAAGCGCGAGAUCAAGCAUCUCGAGGGCCAAAUCGCUCGCUUCGAAGCUGAACGCUCGAAAUUUAGCCAAAACCCUCAUCAGCAGCGGAUCUUCGAAACUGCCCUAAAGAAGUACAAGGACCAGCUUGAGAAAGGGAAAAGUAUCAUCCACGCCGUGCAGGGUGUGCUACUAGAUGAGAUAGCUCAGCAGCGAAGCAUGCAACUCAUGCGCUAUGUGAUUGUGUGGAUUAUGCGUAUCGUCUCUCCUAAUACCACGUAUCCAAAGGAAGAGAUUACACUGCCGUUGCCAGAGGCACAACCGGACGUGUUUCGCUGUCUACCGGAGUAUUUUGUCGAAGAUAUCGUUGAUAACUUCAAAUUUGUUACCAUGAACAUACCUUGGAUUAUCAUGUCAACACAACUCGAUGAGCUGCUCACAAUGUGCAUUACGUUCCUACGCUCAUCCGAAUACAUCAAAAAUCCAGGUCUCAAGUCUGGGCUCGUCCAGAUCCUGUACUUUGGCGUUCUGCCUUUGGGUCGCAAGAAGACGGGUCUGUUGGGUGAUCUCUUGAAUGAAUCAAAGUUUGCACUCAAACAUUUACUGCACGCGCUUAUGAAAUUUUACAUCGAAGCCGAGAGCACGGGCACACAUACUCAGUUCUACGACAAAUUCAACAUUCGCUACGAGAUAUUUCAGGUAAUCCGUUGCAUAUGGACGAAUCCGGUUUACCGCAACAACUUGGAUCAAGAAUCCAAGGUAAAUCCUGAGUUUUUCGUUCGCUUCGUUAAUCUCACCUUAAAUGAUGUGACUUUCCUACUGGACGAGAGUUUUGGUGCGUUUAGGCAGAUUCACACCUUGCAAGAGGAACUCAAAGAGCCGAACGCAGCGUUUCUCGAUGCAGAGGAAAAGAAGAAAAAAGAAGAGCUCUUGGACGAAAAUCAACGCAAAGCCAAGUCCUGGAUGCAGCUCACCAAUGAAACUAUCUCGAUGCUACGUUUGUUUACAGAGGCUUUGGCUGAUGCAUUUACGACCCAGGAAAUUGUCCAGCGCUUAGCGGAUAUGCUGGACUAUAAUUUGAACAGUAUGGCAGGUGAAAAACAGAAGGACCUGAAGGUUGACAAUCCUGCACAGUAUGGAUUUAAGCCUUUGGAACUCCUCAAUGACCUGGUUUCUGUGUACCUGAACUUGAAAGACAAGCCUAAUUUUCUACUAGCUGUUGCGCGUGACGAACGCUCAUACAACUACUCCGUCUUCAAGCACGCCGCGGACAUUCUCAGCCGGAGCUCUCUUAAGUCUCCCGCUGAAUUAGCAUCGUACAUGAAACUCCUCAACGAUAUCGAGUCCACCAAGGAAGCAAUGGAGCAGGAAGAUGAGUGGCUAGGCGAAAUUCCAGACGAAUUCUUGGAUCCCCUCAUGUUCACGCUAAUGGAAGAUCCCGUCAUAUUACCUGUUUCAAAAGCCGUCAUAGACCGGAGCACGAUACGUCAGCAUUUGCUGUCCGAUCCACAUGAUCCUUUUAACCGGACGCCGCUUCGAAUCGAGGAUGUGAUUGAGGCAACAGAGGUAAAGGAGCGAAUCGCUGCAUUCAGAGCAGAGGCCAGAGAGAAGGCCAAAAAAGCCAUUGAAGAGAAGAAAGCAGAAGAGAGAGUGGAUGCUGAAUCAGACAGGAAAGUCUCUGAACAAAGUCAGGGUAGUCUUGUCGAGUCGAACGUGGCUUCUGUUGCUCAUGGUGCAGGUAAUAGCAAGAGAAAAGCUGAUGAUGAAGGGGAACGUCAGGUGGAGGAUCUCUCAAUUGAUCGAAUGGAUACGACAGAGUAAAAUUUGGUGUGGCAUUUGCUUAUUAGAUGAUUCAGAUGGAAUUAAAUGAGAUGUAGAAGCUUCUUGCACGGUUCUUAGAUAGUAUUGUUGCAUAAGUAUGUGGCGUUGAAGUUUUAUGGACCGGCACAUGUCCUGAUGUGCCGUCAACGUACGGCUAAGUUCAGGUUUACGAACCCAUUUUCAUUAGCAAUACAUUAAAGGUGAAUGAUCGAUGAUUGUCAUGGUUCGUAUAGCCAGGUAGUGUGAAUACAAUACCGUGCAGUGCUAAGGACAACCUAAUUUUAAC